AGCCCGGAUUAGAGCUAAUCAGAGCCACAGAGACCCGCCAUCAGUGGCCUCCGUCGGCGUCCCCCCACCGCUAGGUCGCCUUCGGCCUACCCCAGACGGGGUAUUCAAAUUUAAGUUAUUAUCCAAUAUUAAUCUCUCCUCCAGAAGAGAUCUCUCUUCUUUUUGUAAGGUAGUCCCGCUGUUGCUGUUCCCUUCGACCCUGGAUACCGAAAAUACGCCUUGCCCCCAAUGGCCGCCCCAGAGAUAAGUGGGCGUGAUUCCGAGCAAACGACAACCAUGGUCGUUGAGCACGGGGAGAAGCAGAGGGACAACAACAACGACGAGUCGAAUACCUCCGACAGCAUCGUGGACGCUUCGUCCCCUAUCAUAUACCACUACCUCACCUUCGAAACCCGAUUGCCCCUCCCGUCAGGCGGUCUGUCCAGCAAGUCAGCCGCAGCUCCACCCCCUCCACAACCCGACCUCAAGAAGUACACCUCCCCGUUCGAGUGGUCCAAGACCCGCAAAAGAUUCACCAUUGUGCUCUCCUGUAUCGCGACCCUCAUCACCGGCUACACAGCAGGUUCCUAUUCUCCGGCGGCUAAACAAAUGUCCGAGGCAUGGCACGUCAGUGAGGUUGCCGUCCAGAUCGGUAUCACCACAUUCUGUUGUGGGUUCGCAAUUGCACCAAUGGUCCUUGCGCCCUUUUCGGAAAUCAAUGGUCGGUAUCCAGUGUUCGUCGGGUCGGGCAUCUUGUAUGUCAUUUGCCAGAUAUGUUGUGCCGUCACGCAUUCCUACCCAGGAAUGCUGGUAGCGCGAUUCUGGACGGGAUGCGGAAGUUCGGUUUUCUCGACGAUGGUUGGAGGUGUGGUGAGUGAUCUGUAUCACGCCGAGGAUCGAAACACUCCUAUGGCGUUGUUCUCGGGAGCGGCAUUGUUCGGGACAGGCCUGGGGCCUAUGAUAUCCAGUUUCAUUGCCCAGAAUACCACUUGGAGAUGGGUUUUCUGGGUUCAAGUCAUCACUAAUGGGCUUUUGAUCGCAGCCGUCACGUUGUUCUUCAAGGAAACGCGAGGUAGCAUCCUCCUUUCCAACAAAGCAAAGGCACUGAAUAAAUGGAUGGAGGCCCGUGAGCAAGCAGGCCACGUUGGUUUUGACAUGCCUGUCUCCCCUGGGUCAGAGCAGACCGUAUCUCAGCGCAUCCGAUGGAAAGUCAAAUCCGACGAAGAGCGCGAGUCGUUGUCCAAAAUGAUUGGAAUCUCAGUCUUCCGCCCCUUCCAUCUCCUGUUCACCGAACCCGUCGUCUUCUUCUUCUCCCUCUGGAUCUCUUUCGCUUGGGCCGUCCUCUACCUAACAUUCGGAUCCAUCCCCCUCGUCUUUGGGCGUUCUCACGGCUUCAACAUUCAAGAAUCGGGUGGUGUCUUCUCAGCAAUCUGCAUUGGCGCUACGAUCUCCACCUUCUUGUCGAUCUACCAAGACCGUCUCCUCUUCCUCUACGUAAAGCACACCGCCCGGAACCCUGCGACACAGUCCAAGUUUAUAAGCAAACUCGACCUCUCUUCUCCUGAAGCACGUCUUUAUUUCGCCUGCGUCCAAUCCACCUUGUUACCCAUUGGGCUCUUCUGGUUUGGCUGGACCCAGUUUCAUUCCGUCCCCUGGAUUGUGCCUGCUAUGGGCAUCGCCUGCGCUACCAUGGGCAUCUUCUCUAUCUACCUCGCCACCUUUAACUACCUCGCUGACACUUAUCAUCGUUACGCCUCUUCCGCGCUAGCGGCGCAAAGCUGCUGUCGGAAUAUGCUGGGUGGCGUAUUCCCAUUGGUUGUGACUGCGCUUUUUAAUAACUUGACAUUUCAGGGAGCGGCCAGUUUGUUAGGCGGCCUUGCGGUGCUCUUGACGGCAGUUCCUUGGGUGCUUGUGAUGUUUGGGCCGACGAUCCGGGCGAGGUCAAAGUUUGCGAGUGAGAUCAUGUGAGGUGAAGCCGUGGAAGAUUUACUUGGGGGGGAUUUAAAGGAAAUUUUGUGGUGAGCAUGCAUUGGCUUGGCUAAGACAGAGCUAGCACCGCGAUGAUGCUCGACACCUUGCUAGGGAGGUUGCAGUUCUUUCCAGAGGACUGAACAAGCAGAAUUACCG